CAGGCCGCCGCCGAAGACUGCGCCGCGGCCCGCGCCGAAGCCGUUCUACGCCAUCGCGCAUCGCGUGCUCAACAGCGCGGGGGUCAUCGCCGCCCUCAGGCAUGGCGCCAACGCCAUCGAGACUGACAUGACGGCCCAGUCGCACGGCUGGUGGGCCGACCACGACAACACAGCCAAGAGCAAGGGCGACACCGCCGAAGCGCUGUUCAAGGCCAUUGCCGACCAACGACGGCGGGGCAUGAACGUCGUCUUCGUGUGGCUCGAUAUCAAGAACCCGGACGCGUUCCCCGCCUCCAACAAAGUCGCUAGCAUCGAAGCACUGCGGGAUCUCGCCCGCAAGCACCUCGAGCCCGCUGGCAUCGAGGUCAUGUACGGCUUCUACAGCUGGAGCGCCUGGGGUCGCGCCUAUAAAGUCCUCAGCGCUAGCCUCAACAAGAAUGAGGCUCUCAAUUACGAGGGCAGUGUCGCAGAGGCAGAAAACCUCUUCAGGGCCCGCGGGCCCGCACGUAUCGCGCAGCGAGUCUUUUCGAGGGGCGAUAUAUACAAGCCAUCCGACGACAUCGGUACUUGGGUGGAACGUGGUUCGAAACAGCGCGAAACAGGCGUAUCAGAUGAUGGGAGAGGCCGGCGUUGAUGGGGUCAUCUAUGGCUUUCCGUCGAGCGACUAUGCCAACCACCCGGACACGAGCGGUGCGUUUGGUAUUUUAAGAGGCUGGCUCAAUAGAAACAGAAAUAGACGGUACCUCGCGACCAAUGCUAACAGGGCUUGGUGACAAGGGUGGGUGAUCCGCCUUGGCCGAUGUACUUUUCAAGAGCGACGCGAGGAUCACGGGUACAGUUUGACCACAUCAGAUGUAGAAUAUAUAGUGAAGGCGUAAUGAACCGGGCAGGCGAAGCUGCUGUGAGAAUGCAGACGAUUUGAAGUGUGGUG